AUGCAUCAUAAACAUUGCUGCAGUCCACUUAUCUACAAUAAAUGCUUUGAGAAGGUGCCUUUUUCAUACUUCAAAUUGGAUGCUAUUGACCCUAAUAAAUGCCAUUAUUGGGCAGCUCGAAAUUGCUUCCGUGACAGAAUACAGAGUGAACAAGUUGCUAUGGAUUCGGUUGACGGAUCCACUAUUAAUCACGAUAAUAACGGGAAUGAAGAAUGUGGUACACUUAAUGCAGAAUUUGCGCCAUGUGUUCAAAAGGAGAUUGCUGAUCAAAUAUUCUAUGAUUGCUGUAAUCUAUACGUUGAACCGGAGUGUCAUGAAUUAUGCCGGUAUGAAGCAAACCAUGAAGUGGCACAAUUACUACUACUGAAAGUAUUACGUAAGAAGAAAUGCUCUGUGAAUAAUAUACCCGCUAUAUUAUAUUGUGCGUCACAAAAUCGAGACAAUCGAUUAUGUUGCAGACAAUUUGGUUUAACAUCAUCAAAACUUAGUGUUGGUCGAAGGUGCUUACGAAUGUGUGAUCCGUAUCGUUUUGAUAUUCCCGUAUUACAGGAAUAUGAUUUUUUCUGCUUAAAUAACUGGCAUAUUAUCAUGUAUUGCCAUCAUGGUGGACUGAGGUAUUAA